AUGAUCCAUCCUCCAAUCGCGGGGAUGGUGCUUCCUGUCCGACGUCGAUUGGCUCUCUUUCAGCUUGCUAAUUACCGUUUUAUGGGUUUUCAAUCAGUUUGUGGAAGAAUCGCCGAAAUCAACCAGCGCGGAAAAGAGUACGAGGAAGGAUAUGUUGGCUCAGACGAAGAAGAAGAGAUGCCGCAGGCGGAGCGUGAUCUCGCUGAGGAUGCGCAGUGGAAAAUUUUUCAGAAGAAUACCUUUACUCGUUGGGCAAAUGAACACCUAAAACAAGCCAAAACAUCGGUUGAUGAUAUACAAACGGACUUUUCCGAUGGCAUUAAGCUUAUUCGUUUGGUUGAAGUAUUAUCUGGGAAAAAAUUUGCCCACGUUAAUAAAAGACCCACAUUUCGGACGCAAAAAUUGGAGAAUGUAACUAUGGUUCUCAAAUUUCUGGAAGAGGACGAGGGCUUGAAAUUGGUCAACAUUGAUAGUACUGAUAUCGUCGAUUCCCGCUUAAAACUUAUUCUUGGACUCAUUUGGACUCUUAUUUUGCAUUACUCUAUUUCAAUGCCAAUGUGGGAAGGUGAAGAAGAACUGCCCCAGGAUCCAAAGGGCAAAGGCCCUACUCCCAAGCAACGUAUCCUUGCUUGGGCAAACUCGAAAAUGCCCGAUCGUCCUGUCAAGAAUUUGACAACCGAUUGGAACAGUGGUGUAGCAAUAGGAGCACUUGUUGACGCAUGCGCUCCCGGUCUUUGUCCAGAUUGGGAUACUUGGAGUCCAAGAAAUCCACUGCAAAAUGCGACUGAAGCCAUGGUUGCCGCACAGGAAUGGCUUGAUGUGCCUCUUCUUAUCCGUCCAGAAGAAAUGAUUGAUCCCAAAGUGGACGAAAAGGCAAUGAUGACCUAUCUUAGCCAGUUUCCAAAUGCUAAGUUGAAGGAAGGCGCCCCGCUCCGCCCCAAAAUCAAUCCUGCUCGUGUUAGAGCAUACGGACCUGGCCUUGAGGAGACUGGAAACACUGUUAAUUCUAUCGCUCGUUUCACGGUGGACACUUUUGCUGCCGGUCGUGCUGACCUCGAAGUCAUUAUUCUCACCGCUGGAGGCGCUACUAUCCCCUGUGAAGUCGUCAAAAACGAAGACCGCAACCUCACCUACUCGUGCAGUUACGUGCCUAAAAAUGAGGGACCGUACCGCAUAAUCAUUAAAUAUGCCGGAAAGGAAAUUCCUAAUUCGCCGUUUCUUGUCAACGUUGAGGGAGCACCAGGUGAUCCGAGAAAGGUCACAGUCUCCGGUCCUGGAAUUGAGGAGAACGGUGGCAACUGCGUUGGUAGACGGACUUUCUUCAACGCUUUUACCAAAAAUGCUGGCGCUGGUCUCAUUUCUUGUGAUGUCGUUGAUCCGAAUGGUAGGAGGGACACGAUUAAGCCGCGCAUCACCCAUCCUGAUGAAAAUGGUCCUUUUCUCAUUGAAUACACGCCCAAGAUAGAAGGGCCACACAAAGUUGAAGUCAUGUUUGUCGGUCAACCCAUUCCCAAUUCACCUUUCCCUGUCAACGUCGGACCUCACGGCCUUCUUUUCACUGAUGAUAUAGCGAUGGCACUAGCAAACCUUCGAACAGCUGAAAUGUUAAAAGCUCAACGACCAGCCGUAGAGGAAUCUAAGCCGAGUGGUUCCGGAGUCAAGUUACCAUCAGUUCCUACAGUGCCCCCGAACCAGGUCCCUGGCCCAAAGGCGGGCCUGGCAGCCGCAACGUUUAGCCCUCCUGAAGGCACAGCUCCGCCAGGUCGUAAACCUUUGAAACCAGAGACCGUUGAGCCACAAGCUACGUCCCCAGGACAGACCACGAAACCUCCAUCCAAUGCACCCGCAGGCAUCGCAGCAUGCAAUCCAAGUCUGGUCUACGCCACUGGUCGGGGUGUUCAAGAAAAGGGCAUUCGUGUUAAUGAUGUGGCCGUCUUCCAAGUGCACACUGAACGCGCUGGUGGGCCGGCAGAGUUAUUUGUGGAUCUCAAGCGUCCGGAUGGCCAAGUUGAACCUGUCAAGAUUGUGAGGGUAUCUGAGCACUUGUACACCUGCUCGUACGUACCUCAGCGCCCCGGGCAAUACACACUCAUUGUUCAAUAUGGCGGUGAGCAUAUUCGUUGCUCGCCCUUUAAGAUCAUUGUGGGGCCGUAUAAACAAUCAAAGGUUCGCGCUUUUGGUCCUGGUUUGUCAAAAGGAAUAACUAAAACACCAAAUUUGUUUACGGUUGUAUCCAAUGACGAACUGGGAGCACUUGGUUUUCUGAUUGAGGGACCAAGUUCCGCAACCAUAAAGUGCGUAGACAAUGGCGACACUUCGGCUGAAGUUGCCUAUGAGGUAGACCUUCCUGGCGAGUAUGCAAUCCAUGUAACUUGUGACGAUGAGGAUAUUCAAGGGUCUCCAUUUAUGGCGAUGGUAGAUGCUCCUUCUGGCAUUGACGUUAGCCGAAUAAAUGUAUUUGGAAAGGGUAUAAGCCAAACUCCUGGCGACGUUAUAAAGGGUAUGCCGACUGAUUUCACUAUUGACCUCACAAACGUGAUGUCUUCUGUUACGCAAAUCGCCCAAAAGAAGAAAUUGACGCCAAAGGAUUUGCUCUUUGUGGAAUGCCACGACUCUCUAGGCGAAAUCGUUGCAGUCGAAGUCAUUGAAACUUCUGUUGGUAAAUUCAACAUCAAAUAUACACCAAAAAACAUUGGUGUCAUUACCGUUCAUAUGGCUAUUGAUGGUGAAUGUCUUAAGCAGUCUGGAACUCGGGUUCCAGUUGGGCUUGAUGCUGCUGUUGGUGGGAUCAAACUCUCUGGGCCUGGACUAGAAUCAGCAAAAGUCAAAACGCCCACCUACUUCACUAUGGAUCUCACAAACAUCCCCCAACCUGCCAACAGGAAAAGCGUCAUCUCAGAGACAGUUUUUCACAUCACAGAAGAAGAUGGUGUUCCAAUCAUUCCAAGAGUUAUCGAUAAUCAAGAUGGAACAUACCGGAUCGAAUACGUACCCCCAGAAAAAUCUACUGCCCUUGGCAUUUCAGUGCUUGUGGCCGGCAGCCAAAUCGCUCAGAGCCCAUACGUUGUGCCUGUCAAUCCCGCUUUCGACGUUUCAAAACUGAAGGUUGCUGGUCUGGAUAGCAAAGUUAUAGCUAAUGAACCACAGCAUUUCAAUAUUGAAACUUCCGACGCCACCCCAAUUGACGGAAUCCCAACCGUACUAAUCAAGUUGAGAGGUUCUCCGAAAACUAUUCCAACAUCGGUUAAGAAGGCUGCUCAUGGCUUUGAUGUUGCCUACACUCUACCACAACCCGGCGAAUAUACUGUUCAAGUUGCUUUGAAUAAAUACCCUGUAGCUGGUCCUUUUAACGUGGAGGCAGUUCCUGCCUCCCAAAAUGUACCACAGAAAGGAAGUCAACCCGCAACCGUUGGCUCACCACCUACACUUCCAGGUCAGCCACUCGUACCUCUGGUUGCUGCUCAUAACGCCGCGUUGUUGAAGUCAGGCGUUUUUAAAGAGCCAAUCCCACUCCACACUGGUACCAUCGCUCCCAUGCAGAUUGUUUCGCCUCAAAUAUUGACGCCUGUAAAGCGCUCUGCUUCGACGGGACCAUUACAGGCACCAAUUCAGCCGAAAAUAGCCAGGCCCAAUGAUAGCGUGGGAGCUGCAGUUGUACCGAUUCAAAUGGGAUCACCUCAGCAACCGCAAACUCUUCAGCCUUCUGAUGCCCAUAAGCAGAGGCCAGAUGGAGAGACUCCUGGGGUCCAAAUAAUGCCAUCAGUGGCGGGUCAACUAGCCAGACAGCCAUUAAGACCUGACGAACAACAUAUGCCACCUGAAGCACAACGCUCUGGACCAGGUCAGACAACCGGGCCAGAUCAAGUACCUAAACGAGCUUCUCAACCAGUAGGCGUUACUCAAGCCAUGCAGCCUAAUCUGCAAAAAGGAUAUUAUCAAGUAGAUCCGCUUCUUGCCGGACCGGGAGAGUAUAGGACACCACGACCGUCCAUUUUACCACAAGAAAAGGAGGUGGUUGUUCAAAACAGCAGGUGGCCACAGUCCAGUUCCGAAGAACCCGCUGGUAAAGUCACAGCUUACGGACCUGGACUUGAGAAGGCUAUGGCCACCAUACCUGCAGAAUUUACGGUCGACAGUACCAAAUCUACACCCAGUCCGCUUAGCGUCAUUAUCGAAGGUCCGCAGCAGUCCACAGUGAACUGCACAGACAACGGGAACCAGACAUGCGGAAUCACCUACGUGCCCCCGGUUCCGGGCGUGUACACCAUUAAUGUGCUUCAUAAUGGAAAAAAACAUAUUCAAGGCAGUCCUUUUAUGGUUCAGGUGUAUCCUGUUGGAAAGAUGGAUCUUAAUGUUGAUAAAAUCAAGGCUUAUGGACCUGGUCUGCAGCCAAAGGGUGUUUUCAAAGACUGCCUCCUAAAGUUCAUUGUUGAUGCGAGGGAAAUUGAUACAGUCGGACAGGAGCUCGUUUCAGCUAUCAUCAAGGACCCUGAUGGACGACGCUCUGCUUCAAAUGUUGUCAAUCGGCACGAUGGAACUUACCUAGUAACUUAUUCAGCUACAAUGGAGGGGCCUCACGCGAUUGAAGUUACCUAUGGAGGGGUGCAGAUUCCCGGCAGUCCCUUCUUAGUGGACGUCUCGGCAGGAUUUGAUGCGUCACGCGUCCGAGCCUACGGUCCGGGCUUGGAACCCUCGGGUCCCCAUCUAAUGCCUAAUCUGAAGACCGAAUUCACUGUCGACAUGAGCGGUGCUGGAAAGGGAGGCCUCGGACUCUCGAUUGAGGGUCCUGCUGACGCUGCGAUCAAUUGCAUUGACAACAAGGACGGCACCUGUACUGUAGAAUACACACCCACCAUGGCCGGUACUUAUGACAUUCAUCUGAAAUUUGGUGGGGUUGAAAUCCCAAUGAGUCCGUUUCAUGUGAGAAUCCAAGGUAACGCGGAUGUCAGUAAGGUGCGUUGUUACGGCCAUGGACUGGAACCGAACAAAGUUCGCGCCUCCGUUCCGGCGACGUUCGUUGCUGACACAAGUCUGGCCAACAAUGCUCCGAUAGAGGCAACAUUCACUCCGACCCCAGGAGCGGCGCCAGUUCCAGCGGCGGUGAAUCCGGUUGCGGGUCAGCCGGGCCUAUAUGAGUGCACAUAUGUGCCUCAGGCGGUGGGGCCUUGCCAAGUGGAGGUGACAUGCGAGGGGAAACCAAUCAUUGGCUCGCCCUUUAUCAUUCCCGUUCGGCCUACCACAGAGCCUGAGAAGGUGCGCCUUGCCGGUGCCGGCAUUCGUGGUCCUGUGCAGGCCAGCUUACCUUCCACCUUCACUGUUGAUGCCACUGACGCUGGUCUUGGUGAUCUCAAACUCGAUGUCAUGGAUCCCGUGGGGCACAGUCUGCCGAUUAGCGUGGUUCCAAUCACCCAAGAGGAGUUGGAGCAGGUGAAUACAGCACCCAUGCAAAAGCGUAUGCCCCAGUCCGGCGACAUCAUAUCAGGCUCCGACUCGGGCCUCUUGGCUUGCACCUAUGAGCCUUUCAUCGUGGGUGAACACAAAAUCCACGUCAUGUACGCUGGCACCGAGAUUCCCGAAAGUCCCUUCGUCUUUGAAUCCUUACGCGUGGGACGAGCUGAUCUCUGUGAAAUUAAGGGCGAUGUUAAGCCACGCAUUGCUGUGGGAGAUGAGACAAGUGUGACCGUGGACACGAGCAAAGCUGGCCCAGGUAACCUCAUGUGCCGCGCCACGCAGAUAUCUGGUGGAAAGUCCGUCGACUUGCCCGUGGAGGUAGAAGCUAACGAUGAUGGCACUUCAACGGCCUACUUCCUUCCCAAGGAGACAGGUCCGGUGCAGGUAGAACUGCGAUACGGCGGUCAACUUAUUCCCAACGGAAAGUACACCCAAGAAGCUGUUCCAGCGGAGGAACUUGAAGUGCCAAUGGCACCGAUUGAAGCUUACUACGCUCCUGUUGAUUUUCGCCUGGUUGUGUCAGGGAAAGACGAUCAUUCACUUCAGGGUAUAGUUGUUUGCCUAAAAUGGAUCCUUAAAAGCGUUGAAUUUCUUAAGACAACCGUUGUCGUAAGACCCUCAGGGGUAAACGAUCAAGUCGAGACCAAGGAGGAUAAGGAUGGUAUUAUGACAGUUAAGUAUCAUCCCAAGGAACGUGGAAUGCACGAGUUGCACGUGACCACGGUGGCCAGUGGCUCUGAUCUUCGUAUGCCAUUGAAGGGCAGCCCUUUCAAGUUCUUUGUGGACAAUGCUGCAAGUGGUAACGUUACGGCGUACGGGCCUGGCCUCAGCCAUGGCAUAACUGGGCAGCCGGCUGAAUUCACUGUUGACAUGAAGAACGCUGGUGCUGGAGGUCUGUCUGUUUCGGUGGAGGGUCCAUCAAAAGUGGAGAUGUCCUGCACCGAAAGCGGGGAUGGGGCUUGUCGCGUCACUUAUUAUCCCAUGGUCCCAGGAGAGUACACAAUUAACCUCAAGUUUAUGGACAAGCCUAUCUCCGGAUCUCCCUAUGUGGCAAAGAUUACUGGCGAGGCAAAGAAACGAACUCAAAUGAACAUGAGCUCCAUGAAUUGUGUCUCGUUUGAAGCCGGAAUCGAUGACAUUUCCAUCCUCACUGCUACUGUGACAAGUCCUUCCGGCCAUGAGGAGCCUUGUGUGCUGAAGAAACUGCCGAACAAUCGAAUGGGCAUUUCAUUUACACCGAAGGAGACCGGUGAACACCUGGUGAACGUAUUCAAGGCGGGAAAGCACAUUCCAAAGAGUCCCUUCAGGGUCAACGUGUCCAGCGAAGACGUCGGCGAUCCCACUCGCGUUCGCGUUAUUUGGCCUGAGGGAGUUCAGCCGAUGGCAAAUCAACGCAACGAGUUUCUUGUUGACAGUAAAAAUGCUGGCUAUGCCACACUGAGCUUGUCAAUAGAGGGACCAAGCAAGGCAGAGAUAGAAUGCACGGACAACAGCGAUGGGACGUGCACCGUGGCUUACUGCCCCACGGAACCAGGCACAUAUUUGGUGAAUGUGCGUUACGCUGAUCAGCACGUCCCUGGCAGUCCCUUCACUGUGCAUGUAGGCGGUGAGUCCUCGCAGCGUAUGGUUCAGCGCAUCGUUCGUAGUCGCCAAGCUUUCGAGGCUACGCAAGUCGGCAGUGAGUGUGCGCUCACCAUUCCCAUCCCCGGUGACAUACGUGAAAUCACAGGUGAAGUUUAUUCACCGUCCGGCAAGCGCAUUCCCUGUGACAUCGUUCCGGUCGACGAUGAAAAGGUCAGCAUUCACUUUGUCCCUCAAGAGCGAGGAAUUCACACCGUCAGCAUUCUCAACCGCGGUGUUCACAUUCCUGGUAGUCCUUUCCAGUUUACAAUUGGACAACCAGCUGAAGGCGGACCAAGCAAAGUCCGUGUUUCUGGUCGCGGUUUGGAGUAUGGUGAGGUGAAUGAGCCAAACGAAUUCUCAAUCUAUACGCACGAAGCGGGUGCUGGUGGUCUCUCAAUCGCCAUUGAAGGUCCAAGCAAGGCGGAGAUUUCUUUCAAGGACAAUCAGGAUGGUUCUUGUUCAGUCUACUACAAAGUACGUCGACCAGGAGAGUAUACUUGUUCCAUUAAAUUCGCGGAUGAACACAUCCCCUUCUCACCCUUCCAUAUAUUCGUAACUGACCCCAAAGAGGGUGGUCGCAGCGAGGCCUAUGAGGUACCAAUCCAGUUCGCCACCAGUGACAGAGUUAGCCACGAGCGUGAAAUCAAUCAGCUCUGCACCCCAGUUGCCUUCACAGUUCACUGCCUGGACGUGAACCACGUACUGGAGGCCACAGUGGAGUCGCCCUCGAAGACAGUGGAAAGGGCCACGGUGCACAAGUUAGACGGGGAUCAGCAUGUGGUGCGCUUUGUACCUCGCGAGAGUGGCGCCCACUUCGUCCGCGUCUAUCUCGUUCCCGAGAGCGAGGCCCACUUGGGUGAUCGGGCCCCUCAUGCGAAAGAAAUCGAUGGCUCUCCCUUUCACAUCGCCGUCAGUGACAGUAUGGCCGAUCCCAGCACCGUCUACGCAACCGGAGACGGCCUCACUCACGGCUCUGUUGGUAUGAAAAACAAGUUUUUCGUAAACACUGCGAAUGCCGGAAAGGGACUGCUGAGCGUUGUGGUUGAUGGCCCCUCAAAGGUUCAGAUUACCUGUGAGGAAAGACCUGAUGGCUAUGAGUUUUCAUACAUCCCCACUUUGCCUGGUGAUUACAAAAUAAGCAUCAAGUACGGAGGCAAUUUUGAUAUCUUCGGUUCGCCUUUUACAGCUCGGAUAACCGGAUCUCCCAUGGGAGACAUGAUGCAGCAGAACAACAUUGAACCGACGACCAUCGUGCUCGACACGGCCACGAAAACAAUGAGUAGUCGUACGUAUGAGGCAACAAGUGUGAUUUCAAAGGGAAUCGCACAAAAUGUUAACUGCUCUGGCCUUGGUCUUAAGCGUGGUUUUGUCGGAAAGGAAAAUCAAUUCUUUGUUGAUGCUAGCAAAGCUGGUAAUGCAAUGCUCUUGGCUGGUAUGAUGGGUCCGUCGCAUCCAUGCGAACGCUUUGAGAUUGUUCACACUGGAAGCAACCGGUUUUCAGUGACAUACAGGGUGCAAGAAGUCGGCCAAUACUGGCUUUCAAUCAUGUGGGGGGAUCAACACAUUCCUGGAAGUCCGUUCCGAGUUGAAAUUUCACCGUAG